AGCUGUCGUAGCAGACAACUAUUCCGAGAGCAACACCAACCCCAACGACUACAAGGCGGACAAGGACGCCCGCGACGCCUAAUCCAUCCCCUCUAUCAGUUCGAUAUGCGACAAGCCCGAGCCAGACCGCGCCCUGCCCAGCCCAGCAAAGCAACUUCGUAUACCCAACCCGAACCCUUGCAACAAGCCCAGGCCCGCCACCGUCCCGCGAUCCGACCGACCCGUGCAGCAAACAUCUUCCCGUAUCACCGCAGCAUCCACCCCUUGGAUCCGCGCAUUAGAUACGCAGCGUCCCCAGCGCCAUAUCCAUCCAUCCAUUCCAACCUAUCGCCAAGCCCUAUUCUAUCUUCGUCAGUCCCGGAGCCCUUCAGCAGCCAGCCCAUCUAUCCGAUUGAUCCCGUUGUUGUUUCUUCCCUAGCGACUCGAUAUGACCCACGCGAUUCCAUCACCCAAAACAAAAUCCAUCCUUAAUGACCCCCCCCCCCCCCCCCGCGACCGAUAUUAACGAUCUGAUUGAUUCCCAGCGCCCGCUAUGACUGACCCGACUACCCUCUGCGCCAUCCUAUCCAUCCUAUUCAUCAAAUUUCCUCGAUCCGCUUCUUCGAACGGUAUCAGCACCCCGAUCCCAGAGCGACAACCC